GCCGGAAGCGGCGCGGAGGGCUAGCGGCGAUUGGCGGGCGGCGGCGCCGGAAGCGGAAGCUGAGGCGGCGCAGGCGCGGUGGGAGCCGGGCCGAGGGAGGGAGGUGCCCGCCAUGGAGUCGUGGGGGGAGCCGCAGCCGCCGAACAGGAUGAACCAGGGAGACUCCAACCCCGCCGCGGUUCCCCACGCCGCCGAGGACGUGCAGGGGGACGGCAGGUGGAUGUCGCAGCACAACAGGUUUGUCUCGGACUGCAAAGACAAGGAGCCCGACGUGCUGUUCGUGGGUGACUCCAUGGUGCAGCUGCUGCAGCAGUACGAGAUCUGGCGAGAGCUCUUCUCACCGCUACACGCCUUGAAUUUUGGGAUCGAUGGAGACACCACAGGACACGUUCUAUGGAGGCUGAAGAACGGAGAACUGGAGAACAUCAAACCGAAGGUCAUCGUUGUUUGGGUUGGAACAAAUAAUCACGGAAACACAGCAGAAGAAGUAGCAGGUGGAAUCGAGGCUAUUGUGCGCCUGAUAAACACCCAGCAGCCGCAGGCCAAAGUGAUUGUGCUGGGCUUGCUACCUCGUGGAGAGAAGCCCAACCCGCUGCGGCAGAAGAACGCCAAGGUGAACCACCUGCUCAAAGCCUCGCUCCCCAAACUGCCCAACGUGCAGCUGCUGGACGUGGACGCCGGCUUCGUGCACUCCGACGGCACCAUCUCGUACCACGACAUGUUCGAUUUCCUGCACCUGACGGGAGGGGGCUACGCCAAGAUCUGCAAACCGCUCCACGAACUGAUCAUGCAGCUGCUGGAGGAGACCCCCGAGGAGAAGCGAGCUGCCCUGGCCUGAGCCGCCGCGCCCGCGGGAGCAGCAGCGUCCAGCCCAUCCGAUCAGUUCUGUCACUGGCACUACAGAAUCCUUCUUUCUUAAAGCACUUUCCAUUGUAGAAUGUUGCCGGAUGUUCGUACCUAGUGUUUUGAGGGGGAAGGCUCACGUUUAACUGGUCUUGUACCUGCGGGGGCCGGCUUGGUUGGUUUUAUUGCAGGAGGAAACUAGCUGAAGAAGAGUUUUACUUUUAAACCAUUCCUCAUUUAAAGCGAGAACAGGACUGUCACCCCGUGCCCCCUCGUUGCUCCGUGGUUGUCUAGAAGCCGUAGCCCCCAUCGCCAGCCCCGCACGGCUCCGGGCGCCGGUCCCGGCUGGGGGUUGUGCUCAGUGUGUUAGCCUGUCAACAUGAAUCACAUUCCACUUGCAAAAGCCAGAACGGAUGCAUUUUUCCAAACUCGGUCCCACCUUUUAAAGUUUUUGUUUUGUUUUGUUUGUUCUUUCGGUUUUGUUUUUUCUGUUUCUGGGGGGUUUUAAGUGAUUCCUGUUCCUUUCUCACUCCUUUCUGAAGCGGCAUGAAACUGGAGUUCAGAAAUGUAAAGAACCAAACGGUCAACCCGACUUGUGUGACACUCCCAGGUGCUUGUUCUCGUGCUUUUUUCACCGUCCCUCCCACGUAGCGUCCCAGGGCGGUCUCGGUGCGGUGCUGCUGCCUGGCCUGUUCUCUGCCUCUCUGUGUUGUGUCGCUGGCUUUUAACAGUUGCUCCGGUUGGGAUUUUAACGAUCCGGUGAACGCUGCACAAGGCGGUGCCGCCCUCGCUGCUCUGGAGCGGAUGUGUGUCCCCUCCCGGGUGCCGGGGGCUCCGUGCAGAGCUGUUCCCUCUUCUGCUUUGGUUUAUUUGUUUUUUUAAGUAUGACUGUUACAUCCUUGUUUUCUAAAGGAAGCCCGUAUGAAUAGCCCCUGUGUGCAAGGCCUAAGUCAGUCUGCAGCUUUACAGAUUCCAAGCUGUAUAUUUCUUUAUCGCUUCUCUUUUACUUGUAUAAACAUUUUAUCUGAGCGGCUCCAGCCUCUUAGGGUAGAAAGUGGAGUCGUGGCGCAGCUUUUCCUCUGCUCCCCGGCUGUCGGCAGCGGAGCCGGAGGGGCGGGCUGUGCCUAGGGGGAUUUUGGUUUGGUGUUUUGUUCUGAGGGCUGGUUGGAGUCUAGUAACGAUGACAGGAGAACAGCCGUUCGUUUAGAAGUGCCAGGCUCUCUUUCUCAGAAAGAAACCCGUUUGGAUCUGAAAGGCAGAGCCCUAGAUGGUGACUGUGCUUGCAAAUAAAACACUUUUAAGCAAAGUCUGUUCCUCUUGGCUUACCUGCCGGAGUGGGAGCUCGGUGGCACCACGGCAGGUCCCGGCAGGUAAAUUGGAGGGGAACGGGCAGCCCGUUAGCGACGUCCCGAGUUCCAGAGGGUGCUGAGGUGUCCGGGUUCUCGCGGCGCUGCGGUCCGGGGUGCUGUACAUAGUGUCUGUCCUUUCUGGAACAAAGGGUGCUGGUGUUUCGCGCAGUCCGUGCCCUGUCCCUGCUGCAUCCCCCUUCCCGUAGAUGUGAUCGUAGCAGAUUUCUGCCUGGCUUGCAUGCGUAGUGUGUGUUUUGUGUCCCGUGUACGUGAUGCACACACAGAUGAAGGACGCGGGAGGCUCUGCAGUGCCGCGGUAGAGCAGGGAGCGCGGUCCCACCCGCGGCUCGCUUGGCUGUAGAGCUGCGGGGUGGCUGUAAGGGAGCAUUGCUCACGCGUCCGAUCCGAUGCUGGGCAGCUUGGGGCAAGGGAGAGUGGAAAAUCAAAUGUUAAAAACAUGCUGCAGUGGAGCGUUCCCAGGGAAAGGACUUUCCGCCCCAACACACCCUUCCUGCUCCCUGUGAGCUUGGCAGGUUUGUGGGCUGGUGUGCUGGUUAAUCUCCGCAUCCCUGCUUCCCUCCGCGGCACUUGGCUCCAGAGACGCUCACCAGGAGCGCACUGUGCGGUAAAAGCUCUGAUGUCCCAGCUCGGCCCCGCACAGCCGGGGUUGCUGCGCAAAGGCCACCCCGAGCAGCACCGGAGGUUUGGCGGGUUUCCGAGCCGGCGGCCACGCUCGGCGCUUGGUUCGACGCUUGGUUCGGUGCUCGGUUUGGUGCUCACAGCCCUUUUCCACUCUCAAAACUGUCCCCAAGGCUGCCAGUGCUGCAGAGAGACAGCGGGGACGGGUUCCCCUCUGCUCACGCUUCAGCUCUGCUUGUCGCUGGUAAGAGCCCGUCCCGCUCACGACGCGAGGCUGAGCGAGUACCAAAAACCAAGCGCCUGACUGCAAGACGUGGAGAAAAGCGUUGGUGCAGGUCUGGGUGAGCAAUGUCCCUUGGGGCUGGGCCAGCUGGAGCCGUGUCACCGCUCAGGGCUGCUCCCCGCUCCACAACCCACCCGCAUUUCACAGCUCCCUGCCAGUUCCUCUCUAGUGCAGCGCAGAGCAAAGCAAACCAAAAGAUGUGAGAGGACAGCAAGAGGCUUGUCACUUGCCGGGGACAGGAGGUGACCGCAGGAAAGCUGCACGAGGGGCAGCCUCCCCGCGCUGCCCACCCGGCCUGCGCGCUGCCCGGGACACACAGAUGUCAUCCUGCUUUGGCAAAAAUGCAUCGGCUGGUAGAGCUCGCUCUGUUAGUGCGUGUUUCGAUAUAAAUGUCAGUGUUUCACUCCCUGUGUUGCAGCGUGUGUGUGUGCGCCCAGGCGCCGUGUCCCCCCUGCCCUCCCACUCUCUGUGACUCUGUGUUUUGUUUCUGGAAGCACCCGUGCCGGUGCGUUCCCUCGGGGGUGUCGGCAGCCGCGCUCGGCCGCAUCCCCCUCCUCGUGUAGUUCUGUUCCUGCCCCUCUCUGUCGGGGGUCUGGUCGCUUUUCCUCUCCUUUCAGCACCCGGAGGCCAGUCCUGUUCCCGGCGCUGCCGGCUCGGUGCUGCGGGUGGAGGGAGCUGGGCUGUGGCCCUCGGCAGGACCGCGGCCUGGAGGCGGCUGCUUGCUCGGUGAUUUGACCCGAACGGGGAAUGCACAUCAGCACGCAGUCUCGCUCACAGCCGGCCCGGCGGGCGACCCGCGCGUUCCAGCCGCAGUUCUGCUUCCAGCUCCCGCAUGGGCGUCCGUCUGUCCCCCAGCAAGUCGUCCCAUCUGCUGUCAGCGUCACCGCCCGCAGCCUGCGAACCAUGUGCAGACUGAGAAGAGCUUUGGGCUCCUCGCUCAGAGGACCUGUAGAAAUAAAGUGCACAAUAGCAGCA